ACUCUGGGAGCGUCAGGGGCGCACACAGUGCACACAGAGGACUAGUUGUGUCGAUCACUCCCGCAGAGGCGAUGCCCUUUUGUGGAGAGGUCUCUCUUGUCACACAGAGGACAGACGGCAUUCACAGUCGGGACACAAAGAGAAGAACUGCAUUUUAAAAGGCACCAUUCUUUCAGUGCAAACCGCUGGGUGUGUUGACUGUAGGGUGUUUGAGAGGAUCUUUGUUGCAAAGGAGAAAAGUAGAGAAGAAGAAGAAGAAGAAGAAUACGCGCAGUGAACGGGUUGGGGGAUUUUUUUUUUUUAUGGACAGGGUUACUACAGUGCAGCCGAUGCUGUCAUCCACUCCACCUAUGUUUUUGCUUCCUCGGAGUCUUGUUUUGGAUGAGGAGCUGGACUUUUACGCAUAGCUUUUACGCAGAGAUUGAGUAGGAGACGCCUGUCAUGAUGAACUUUCUCUCCUUUUUACCUGCUGCAUAGUGGGUUUGAGGCGGAUCAUUAACUUCAACAAGUAGUCAUUUUGUGGAUAUAUCUGUCGAAAGGAUGCCAGUUGAUAAAUUCGCAAACAUGGAAGAAAAACUGUGGAUACUGGAGGACCUCAAUAUGAUGUACAUCCGCCAGAUUGCACUCAGUUUGCAGGAUAGCGACAUCCAGAAGAAGAUUGACCAUGAGAUCCGGAUGCGCGACGGGGCCUGCAAGCUUCUGGCCGCCUGCUCCCAGAAAGACCAGGCGUUGGAGGCGUCGAAGAGCCUGCAGACCUGCAGCACUCGUAUCAUGGCCUACAUGUCGGAGCUGCAGAGGAUGAAGGAGGCUCAGGUCAUGCAGAAGGUCCCGCGGAGGUCGUCGGACGCGGGGCCGAUGGACGACAGGCUCCCAUGCAAAGGAAAAGUGGCCAUCUCGGAUCUUCGGAUUCCUCUCAUGUGGAAAGACACGGAGUACUUCAAGAACAAAGGAGAGCUUCAUCGGUGUGCAGUGUUCUGCCUGCUGCAGCUGGGAGGAGAGAUCUUCGACACAGACAUGGUGAUAGUGGACCGGACGCUCACCGAUAUUUGCUUUGACAACACUGUCGUAUUUAGUGAAGCCAGUCCGGGUUUUGAGUUGCGUGUUGAGCUGUACAGCUGCUGCUCCGAGGACGACUAUUCGGCAGGGAGCACGCCGAGGAAACUAGCCAGUAAACUGAGCUCGUCGCUGGGGCGAUCGGCUGGGAAGAAGCUCAGAGCCGCCAUGGAGCCUGGGCCAUGUAGUCCUGUUAGCAACGGAGGGGCAUCUCCUCUUCUGUUGCCAGUUCCCUCUGUACCGGGCCCUAAGUACCACCUCUUAGCUCAUACCACCCUGUCACUGUCACACGUCCAGGACAGCUUUCGCACACAUGAUCUCACCAUCUCAGGCAACGAAGAGUGUUCGUAUUGGCUGCCUCUCUAUGGCAGCAUGUGUUGCCGCCUCGCAGCUCAGCCUCACUGUAUGACCCAACAGAUGAUGAGUGGAUGUUUGAAAGUUAAGCAGUUGGGAGGUGACCCUCAGAGUUGGACAAAAGUGUACGCCGUUCUAAAAGGAACAAGCCUUUUCUGCUACCACCGGCAAGAAGAUGUGGAGGCCAGUGUCGAGCCAGCUUUCACCAUCGCCAUCAACAAGGAGACCAGAAUACGUGCGUCAGAGAAAGACCCUCAAAGUAAAGUUCAGAAUAUCUGCAUCAGUAACCAGUACGGAGGUGAGGAGGUCACACACACCCUGACGACAGAUAGCCGCGAGGACACGCACCGGUGGAUGGAAGCCUUCUGGCAACAUUUCUAUGACAUGAGUCAAUGGAAACAGUGCUGCGAUGACUUAAUGAAAAUUGAACUGCCAUCACCAAGGAAACCUGCUCCUGUCACACCAAAACAGGGCUCGCUCUAUCAUGAAAUGGUUAUUGAGUCAUCCGAUGACCUCAGCAGCACUGUGUCAGACAUCCUGGCUCGGAGGAUGCAGGAGCUGGAGCUCCGCAGCCAGCUGGGCACCUCCCCCACCUGGAUGUCUAUGUUUGAGGAGAACAACCCCAAAAGCGCUGGCCGCCCCCGUCCCUGUACUUCUCGCUUUUCCGGCCACAGCCCCUGCACCCCUCACCGACUGACCCGCAGCCCCGUGAGCCCUCACCGCUGCCCACAGCUGAGCCUGCUGUCCUCGGACGCGAGCCUGACAUCGGACAGCGACAGCCACUGCAGCACCAGUCCCUGCACUCACCGCCACGGCUGGCCCGAGCCCUCCUCAAACUUCUCCCUCUCGUCGUCUUCCCCCUCCCGCCUGAGGCCACGCACUCUGUCGCUGGACGCUAAGCUCAGCACCCUUCGAGGGAGGGGGUACGGAGGAGGAGGGACCCUCCAGUGCCCCUGUCAGCCUUCUCCCUCCUCGCUGUUUGCCCCGCUCCCCAUCAUCUCCUCACAAUCGCCUCGGUCCCAGCGCAGCACACAGACCACGCUCUCCUGCUCCAGCUCCACUUCCAGCAACAGCUCCAGCAACAGCGAGGGCAGCCACAGCCCCGAGUCAUCCGAGGGAGCCCCCUUCUCGAGGCCCUCCCCGGCUCGACGCAGCCUCAGGAACCUCAGGGCCAGACUUGACCCUCGCAACUGGCUCCAAAGUCAGGUAUGAACGUGUCCUGCCUGGCAAACAUUUUACGCUGGCCCUAAAGGCAACAGUGCCCUUUAAACCACGGUUUAAGUGGUUUAACACAUGUGAACCAACCUCAGGCAGUCUGCAAGGCCACAUGCAAAGCCCUGAGGAGGAUCAACUGCCUCUAUAGCCUGCCUCGGACGGAUCAUGAAAGACCCUCCUGGGGGCAAACUGGAAUGUCUUCUAACACAAAGGACAGGUGACAAUCACUGCAGGCCACUCUGCACUUUUCUGGGUUGCCACAAUCUUGAAGAUGGCCCAAAACUAAAUGGGAGGUACUUCUGCUUGCUUUGAGAAAUGAUCAUGGUCUUGCUGCUUGGGAGAAAGUGAUGCUAAGAGAUAAGGACUUAACACGCCACACUGGGCCUACUGUCUGUCCUUGGACUCUAGUUCUGAAACAAGAAAAAGGGUUGGUUUUGUCCUCUUCAGCCAUCCUGGUCACUCAAACAAUGUUUCAAAAUCAUCUCUAUUAAUGCACUAGCAGUACUUUUUAUUGGAUGUUUCCUAUCUGGAUUUUAUAAAUAAAGGUGUGCAGUGUUUAUGCUAUGAAAGCCAGUGAGCAUGUGGUAAGAUGAACAUAAGGUAUAAUCAGUCAAGAGUUCUCAGAUGUUAGACACUGUUAAGUGUCGAGGGAAGGGUUGGUGUCUCUUAUCUGUACUGUGAUAUCUACUUCAGUCUAAUUAUUCAUACAACAAAUGAUCUUUGUGGUUCUCCUAAAAUUACUAUGCACCAUUUUUGUUUUGUUUUUUUGCAUGAUUUGACUUACAGUUAAAAUGUUGAACUACUUGAGAUCAUUUCAACAAUGGUGAAAGCUUAACUUUAUGCAAGUGCUCAUACAUACUGUACUGGUUAUUACUGUGAUCUCUUCAGGGUAAAAAUCUGUGCUCUGGUCUUAACUUACACACAUUUAUCUGCACACUAUUGAGGUAGGUAGGUAAUGGAUCCUUACAUACAUACUGUAGAAUGAACCUGAGAUAAGCUGACAUUAACCAAAGCUCAAGUAUUAUUGAAAACCCAAGCCAUUCUGGGAUCCAAGUUCCUGAUUAUGGAAUUUCCAAUAAAAUGUGAAACAUUCACCAAUCAAUUAUUAUGCAACACAGAAACAUACUUGCAUGAAACCCCAGUCUCAACCAUUAGGUCAUGAUAGUACGAGCAAGAAUAAAAUAGUUUGUUUACACUGCCAUUUAUGUAUUUAAUUAUGUAAGAUAUUGUCAUUUAGACAACUCUUAACAGCAGUUUUUGUCACAAGAAAACAAUCAUCUGACUCAUGGCGUCCAUGUGAAAACAAAUCUGUGUCUCUGUCAGUACAGGAAAACCUCUUCUUCUCUGUCUUUAUUGUUUACUGUGGAUUUUACUUUGGUAAUCAGAACUCGGGCAACCAUUUUGACUAAGCAUUAAAACUGUCAGAAUGUUUGAAAAACAUUUGUUACUGUAAAUUAAUUUUUAACAAAUAAACCUCCUCUUGUCUUUUUGUUACAUUUUAUUAUAAAUGCAGCUAUAUUGAUACCUGAUUAUCAUAAUGUUAACAGGUGAUGUGCAGAUCUUUUAACUGUUAUACGCAUAGAUAACAUUGAAUGUUAUAACCUUGCAAGAGUUCCUCGUGUUAGCAGGCUUCACGCUCUGCAUGUGCGCCGUCCUAGGAGGCGAACAUAAAAAUGAGAAAUGUGGAAAUCUCAUGUUUAAAUAAUAUAACAAUAAUUAUAAUAAAUGUUUUAUCAAUUCA